CAGCCGGACAGUAGGCAUGUCGGGAUUGUCUGUCCUGGUCUCCAGCUUCUCUUCUUUGGGGUUCACGACGCCCCCAUGCCCCGCACCCCAGUCAGGGAUGGCCUCUGUCUCCUGUCCACCUACUUGGAAGAACUGGAGGCUGUGGACCUGAAGAAGUUCAAGUUCUACCUGGGGGCUGUGGCCGAGCUAGGGCGGGGCAGGAUCCCUUGGGGGCGCAUGGAGACCGCAGGCCCCCUAGAGAUGGCCCAGCUGCUGGUGGCCCACUGUGGGGCCAGGGACGCCUGGCGGCUGGCUCUGAGCCUCUUUGAGCGGAUCAACAGGAAGGACCUAUGCGAGAGAGGACAGAGAGAGGACCUGGUGAGGGACACCCCGCCUGGAGGCCAGUCCCCUUUGGGGCACCAGUCAGGAUGGGUGGCCGUUCUGCCCCAAACUCCCAGGAAAGACCCCGGGGAAGCCUACAGGGACUACGUGCGCAGGAAAUUCAGGCUCAUGGAGGACCGCAACGCACGCCUGGGCGAGUGUGUCAACCUCAGCCACCGAUAUACCCGGCUCCUGCUGGUGAAAGAACACUCCAGUCCCCUGUGGGCCCAGCAGAAACUUUUGAACACAGACCGGGGACACCACACGAGCCUCAUCCAGAUGGAGACCCUCUUCGAGCCGGACGAGGAGCGCCCUGAGCCUCCACGCACCGUGGUCCUGCAGGGCGCAGCGGGGAUGGGCAAGUCCAUGUUGGCCCACAAGGUGAUGCUGGACUGGGCCGACGGGAAGCUCUUCCAAGACAGGUUUGAUUAUCUCUUCUACAUCAACUGCAGGGAGAUGAACCAGGGUAGCGCUGAGCGCAGCGCCCAAGACCUCAUCUCCAGCUGCUGGCCGGAGCCCACCGUGCCCCUCCGGGACCUCGUCCGCCUUCCCGAGCGCCUGCUGUUCAUCAUUGACGGCUUCGAUGAGCUCAAGCCAUCCUUCCACGACCCGCAAGGUCCCUGUUGCUUCUGCUGGGAGACGAAGCAGCCCCCGGAGCUUCUCCUGAGCAGCCUGAUUCAGAAGAAGGUGCUGCCUGAGCUAUCUUUGCUUAUCACCACCAGGCCCACGGCUCUGCAGAAACUCCAGUGCAUGCUGGAGCACCCCAGGCACGUGGAGAUCCUGGGUUUCUCCCAAGCAGAACGGAAGGAAUACUUCUACAAGUAUUUCGACGAUGCAGAGCAAGCCGCCCAGGUCUUCAACUUCGUGAGGGACAACGAGGCCCUCUUCAUGCUGUGCUUUGUGCCCCUGGUGUGCUGGGUCAUUUGCACCUGCCUCAAACAGCAGUUGGAGGAUGGGGGGCUUUUAAGACAGAAGUCCAGGACCACCACUGCUGUGUACAUGCUCUACUUCCUGAGCUUGAUGCAACCCAAGCCGGGAACCCCUACCCUCUUGCCACCGCCCAACCAGAGAAGGCUGUGUUCCUUGGCCGCAGAUGGCCUCUGGCACCAGAAAAUCCUGUUUGAGGAGCAGGACCUCAGGAAGCACGGCCUGGAUGGGGCAGAUGUCUCUGCCUUCCUCAACAUGAACAUCUUCCAGAAGGACAUCAACUGCGAGAAGGUCUACAGUUUCAUCCACCUGAGUUUCCAGGAAUUCUUCGCAGCCAUGUACUACAUCCUGGAUGGGGAGGAGAGCCUGGCCAGGCUGUUGACCGAGUAUGGGUUUUCUGAAAGGAGCUUCUUGGCAUUCACGGUCCAUUUCCUCUUUGGACUCCUGAACGAGGAGAUGAGCCGCUACCUGGCGGAGAGUCUGGGCUGGAAGGUCUCUCCUCGCAUCAAGGCUCAAGUGUUGGAGUGGAUACAGAGCAAGGCUCAGAGCGAGGGCUCCACGCUGCAGCAAGGCGCUCUGGAGUUGUUUAACUGUCUGUAUGAGAUCCAAGAGGAGGAAUUUAUCCAACAAGCUCUGAGCCACUUCCAAGUGGUGGUGGUCAGCCACAUGGCCACAAAGAUGGAGUACUUGGUCUCGUCGUUUUGCGUGAAGAAUUGCAGGAACACGCUCGUGCUGCACUUGCACGGGGCCGCCUACCGGGAGGACGAGGAGGGCGGGCCAGCACGCUCGGCGGCACCCAGCGCUCAGCCCGCGCAGCCAACCAAGAGGGCUGCUUUGCCAGACGCCUACGGCUCGCAGCUUGCUGUCGUUCUAAGCACCAACUCCAGCCUGAUAGAGUUGGCCCUGCACCACCAUGCCCUGGGCAGCCAGGGGGUGAGGCUGCUGUGUCAAGGGCUCAGACACCCAAACUGCAAGCUCCAGAACCUAAGGCUGAAGAGGUGCCAGGUCUCCGGCUCCGCCUGCCAGGACCUCGCCGAGGCGCUGGUGGCCAAUGCGAAUGUAGUAAGGCUGGACCUGAGCAGCAACAGCCUGGGGCUAAAGGGCGCACAGCUGCUUUGUGAGGGGCUGCGGCACCCCAAGUGCAGGCUGCAGAUGAUCCAGUUGAGGAAAUGUCAGCUGGACGCUGGGGCUUGCCAGGAGAUGGCCUCUGUGCUCAGCACCAAUCAACACCUGGUGGAGCUGGACCUGACAGGAAACGCGCUGGAGGAUUUGGGUCUGGAACAGCUGUGUCGGGGGUUGAGGCACCCAGUCUGCAGGCUGCGCAUCUUGUGGUUGAAGAUCUGCCACCUGACCGCCGCUGCCUGUGGAGACCUGGCCUCCACACUCAGUGUGAACCAGAGCCUGAGGGAGCUGGACCUCAGCCUGAACGACCUGGGGGACCCUGGGGUGCUGCAGCUGUGCGAGGGGCUUAAGCAUCCCCACUGCAAACUCCAGACCCUCCGGUUGGGCAUCUGCCGCCUGGGCGCUGCUGCCUGUGAGGGCCUGUGUGCUGUGCUACGGGCCAACCCGCACCUCCGGGACAUGGACCUGAGCUUCAACGACCUGGGCGACCCCGGCAUGUGGUGGCUGUGUGAGGGCCUCCGGCACCCGGGCUGCAGGCUCCAGAAACUGUGGCUGGAUAGCUGUGGCCUUACAGCUAAAGCUUGUGAGGAUCUUUCUUCCAUCCUGGGGGUCAACCAGACCCUGAAGGAGCUUUAUCUGACCAACAACGCCCUGGGGAAUGUCGGUGUCAGGCUGCUGUGCACGAGACUGAGCCUUCCUGCCUGCAAACUCCAAGUCCUCUGGUUAUUUGGAAUGGAACUGAGCAAAUCCACCCACAGGAGGUUGGCGGAACUCCGCGUGACCAAACCUUACCUAGACAUUGGCUGCUGAAUGGUAUCUGCUGGUCCUUCUCUGGAGGUCAAGCCCAUCCCAGGACCCAUGAAUCAAGAUAAUGACCAAGAUCUUUAUUGACUCAAGAUAAACUCAUGCAGCAUA